AGUAUUUUUUUGUGUGAUACGAGCAUCAAUCAGUUACUGCGACGACCCGCGUAAACUUCGCGUGUCUGCACUUAACUGGUCAGAAUGGACUUUGAUCGUAGCUCUCGACGAAAGAAAUGAAAGUGAUGUAAAGGAGACAAUCGCGAUCACCACCGAGAAAAAACACUUCCAUCCAGUGCCACUGCCGACCUUGCACCGGCUGCGAUACGAGGAGUGGAAAAAUUCUCUCGGUGUCCAAUCAACGAACUUGUUUCGACUUCAAUGUGCAAAAUGACAUCUGCCUGCGUCAACGCGAAUGGACUUUUGGACCAUCCGGGAUCGCAAUACCCUUUCCACUGUGUUAUCGUUUGUGCUGCUGACGCUAGAGAUCAGACAAUCAACAAACAGAAACCAUAUCCAAUCAAUAUAUUAGUGGGAGAACUCUAUAGCCGUCCAAGCGAGAAAACAAUCUAAAGUGAAGUAACAUCAAUAUGCUCCGUGAAGUUUCAUCGCGUAUCACUCGAUUAAACAGCAUUACCAACGCAGUGAAAAAUUCUUGGAAGAAGCAAUCCGUUCGACUUAUAAGUACAAAAAGCCAGUUCAAAUAUUUAGAUGAUUGCGCCUUUCCUCCGGAAAAUGGUUUUGAGCAGAACUCACUAUAUGGAAGAACAUUGAAAAUACCACAUACCACGCUAGAUCAGUACGUGUGGGAGAACUUUGGUCAGUGGGCGAACAAAACUGCUGUGGUAUGUGGCGCCACCGGCAGAAACUACACCUACGGCAAACUGCGCGACCAUUGCGCAGCGCUUGCUAUCCGAUUACAGCAAAAGUGCAAACUCGGCUUCGGUGACACCCUGGCGGUAUGUCUUCCGAACGUGCCUGAGUUCCCGGCUAUAACACUUGGAGCAAUAGAGGCGGGUCUAAUCGUUACUACAAUCAACCCAAUCUACACAGCCGAGGAGAUCAGCAAACAACUGAUCGACAGUGAUACUAAGAUAUUAUUCGGAACGGCCUCAAACUAUCCAGUAUUAAAAGAAGCAACGAACUUGGCUCAAAGAAAAAUUCCUAUCGUAUGUGUGAGAACCAGUUCCGACGAUGCCCUGCCAGACGGUGCUAUUGAUUUUAUAGAACUAUCCAAUCCAUCUGGAGUACAUUUCAGCAAUUUGCAGCAUCACAAUCGCGACCCAGAAGAUGUUGUAUUUCUACCGUACUCAUCUGGCACAACCGGUUUGCCGAAAGGAGUAGAACUAACACACACCAAUAUUGUAGCCAACAGUGAAAUGCUGCAAGUCAAAGCAGGCCAAAGUGCUCUAUUACUACCGACAACGGACACUUUCCAGGAUGUAUUACCCUGCGUUCUUCCAUUCUUCCAUAUUUACGGGUUAACAGUAACUAUGGUUUCAAAGCUCCUACUUGGUACUAAACUCGUUACACUUCCAUCAUUCCGACCAGACACGUUCAUUGAUGCAUUGACGACGCACAAGGGAACGGUUUUGCACGUGGUACCACCAAUAGUAAUAUUUAUGAGUAAUCACGACAUGGUAAAGCCUCAACAUCUGAAAUCGAUAAGAAAUAUCUUCUCAGGAGCCGCACCAAUGGGAGCGCUCGAUGCUGAACGGCUGAUCGCCAAAGCACCUGACGUUGUAUUCGCCCAAGGCUAUGGUCUUACAGAGACAUCUCCCGUGGUGUUAAUUGGCCCGCUUGGUAGUAACAACCAUUCUUCAGUUGGAUCACCUCCACCCAGAACACAGGCUAAGAUUGUAGCUUUGAAUGAUCCAACGAACACAGCACUCGGUCCAAACGAGACUGGGGAGCUCUUGGUACGAGGACCACAAGUAAUGAAAGGAUAUCACAACAACAAACAAGCCACUGACGAUAUAUUUGCUGAAGGCGGGUGGCUUCGUACUGGCGAUAUUGCGCACUACGAUGAUAAUUUUCAGUUUUAUAUCACCGACCGCCUCAAGGAGCUGAUUAAAGUCAAAGGCUUCCAAGUUGCUCCUGCUGAAUUGGAGGAAAUACUACGGGAUCAUCCGGAGGUAGAAGACGCUGCUGUUGUUGGGCAAGCGCAUCCCAUUUCUGGAGAAGUUCCACGAGCCUUCAUUGUAAGGCGAAAGAACUCGAUCGUAUCUGAAAAUGAUCUGAAGCAGUAUGUUGCCGAAAAAGUGGCCGUAUAUAAAAAACUUGAAGGUGGAGUCACUUUCCUCGAGACUAUACCUAAAAACGCAUCCGGAAAAAUUCUACGACGUCAACUCAGAGAGAAGUAUUGCUCUUGAAAGGAAGACAGUACUUAAAGUUUUCAUGUAUGGAGGUAACACUUUUCGGUACUUCACAAUAUACGUCGAUCCUCAUACAGCAUCUGCAAUAGUGCGUUCAUCAUUCUCACAUCUUGCCAACAAGACAGAUGAUCUGAUUUGCGACUGAUGUACUGUGAAUUGAAACAGGGAAAGUUGUAUUAGAAUUAAGAACGUAAUAAUGUAACUUAAUGCGCCAACUAGUGGUUCUGUCUUUGUACAAUAUCAAUCUGGGAAAUCGAAUCCUUGGAUUUGGAUUAAAAUUGAAGAAAUAUCUGCAACAUGUAGUGCUUGUCGCUGUGUAGAUUCAUGCUGAAUAAGGUAUUAAGUAUCACAAUUCAAAGACGUGUGUGUUUUAGCAACUAGCUCAGUAGAAAAUAAUUUUACUUUAGUAAUAGCAGUUUAGAUUUUUUUUACAUUGCAAUAAUAAAGAAUACCAUGGGAUAUUGAGUAAAAGAUAAUUGGCAAUUUAUUUAUCCAAUCACAUGUCUAACAAUGUUACUAACAGUGGAAAAUGAACCCAAAAAGGAAGAUUAGAUAUUAGGUUCUUUACGGACACAGUUAACCUCACUUUAAUUGACAGUUCGCUUGUACUGUUUACAUGGACUUAGAAAAAUUUGUGGACGACUAGAUUCGCUCGAAGAAAAUCGUAAACAAUUUAUCUAAGUCCAUAGGUCUGUUCCAGUACCAGGAGAAACUGGAAGUACUCCGGAGAAAAUCGUUCCUGUACUCUCUUCUUCUCUUUUUUCUUCUUCUGGUAGCAAACCGGAGUAAAAAGGAGCAAAGAUUUUUUGCUCCUGUUUUCUCCGGAGUGUCUUCCGUGUACUGGAACAAACCUCAUGUAAACAGUACAAUCGAACUGUCAAAAAUGAACACUGAGUUCAUUUGUGACGUCAGCGUAAAGUAUUCAAUUGUGAGCACACUUGUGUCAAUGUUAACUAGACUGCCAUUAUACGCAACACGAACCGUUCGUCCGUUAUUCACAAGAACGCUUUUUCUCCUUUGAAAAAUUGUGUUUACAUAGAAAAUAAGCCAAAGCAAAAGAUGCACCUUUCUGCUUUCAAUUUGUCCACACAUAACAAAUGAAUGCCUUGGUUGGUGAAUAAAUUUAUAUUUUCUCUGCA